AAAUGUCUCUAAUGUCCACUAUAUGUUUUAAUGUCACCCUAUAUGUCUCUGUCACCAGAUAUGCCUCUAAUGUCCAAUAUGUCACUAAUGCCCCAAAUAUGUCUUUAAUGCCACAAAAUAUGUCAUUAAUGUCACUCUAUAUGUCUAUGUCACCAAAUACGCCUCUAAUGUCAUUAAAUAUGUCUAAAAUCACCAAAUAUGUCUCUACCUUCAUGAUUGUCUCUAAUACCAAAUAUGUUUUUAAUGUCACCUUAUAUGUCUCUAAAUGUCACUAA